UUGUAGUGACAAGGCUAAUUAGUUGCCUAGCAACAACCAUAACAAAACUUCAAAAGUUUUUGCAUGUAAGACUGUUCAAUUUUUUUAUUUAUUGACUAUACAGUUUUACUUGUUGAUAAGUAAGUUUUUAACAAAUAGAAAUGGAUGUGAAAAGUUUAGAAACCUAUGCAAUUAUUGGAUUUGACGGAUCUGCAAUCCGAGGGCUCAAGGUGCACCCAGAUGCGGAGCACAUUGUCUACCCGAUCGGCAACAAAGUCUGCAUCCAAGAAUGGAAGACUAAGAAGAUGUAUUUCCUGAGUGGCCACACCAACAGCGUGUCCACAGUGGCCGUGUCUCCUAAAGGCACCUUCGUGGGUUCGGGACAGAUCAACCAUAUUGGUUUCAAAGCUGCUGCUAAAGUGUGGGACUUUAAGAAGAAGUCGCUGUUAGGGAGCCAUGAGUUGCAUAAGGUCCGCGUGGAAGCCAUAGCCUUCUCAUCGGAUGAACGCUACAUGAUCUCCCUUGGCGGGCGCGACGACGGCUGCGUGGUACUGUGGGACUGCUUCGCCGGAGCCGCCACCGGCACCGCGGCCGCUGCUAAACUGACCACGGGCGAUGCGAUGACCCUCGCCACUCUGAAUCAGAGGGUCAACUCAUUUGUUACGGGGGGAGAUUCGAACCUCCGCGUGUGGAAUAUCAGGGCGGAGUCCAAGAACCUGGAUGUGGUGGACGUGACGCUCGGCAAGCUGCGCCGAAGCGUGCGCUGCAUCGCCAUCAGCAGCGACGACGCUUACGGCUACGCUGGCACCACCACCGGGGAUAUGAUAAAGUUCUCGAUCGGGUACCCGCCGGACCCGACGGCGUCGGUGGCGCAGUGCAAGCCUUCCAUGCUGGGCUGCCUCGCCAAGUGCGGCCCGUGGAAGAAGGGCAAGCGGCCCGAGGCGGUCUGCUACAGUCAGGGAAUAGAGUCGAUCCUAAUAAUGGACGAUGGCUGCCUCAUAGUGGGCUCCGGCGACGGCACCAUAGACCUCCUCGAUGAGAUCAACUGGAAAGGGGACUUCCCGAAAGGCAAGCUCUGCAAUCCUAGCAAACCUCAUUUCAAGGCGCUAAAAACCACGAGGCUAGACGGCUGCAUCACCUCUCUAGAGAUGAUGGAGUCUCCCUCACUGCGUGGCGAUAAGCGUCUCUUAUUGGCUGGGACCCGCAGCAGCGAGAUAUAUGCUGUGAGCGUGACCACCUUUGCGCCAGUACUGGUGGUCACCUGCCACCGCUGCGCUAUCAAUGAUAUCGCAUUUCCGAGGGGCAUGUCGGGCGUGUUUGCGACGGCGGGCGCGGGCGACGUGCGCGUGUGGUGCGUGGAGACGUGCCAGGAGCUAUUGCGCAUCGUGGUGCCCAACUUCGUGUGCUCGUCCGUGCUGUUCUCUGGCGAUGGCAAGUCUAUCGUGUCGGGCUGGAACGACGGCAACAUAAGAGCCUUCACGCCGCUGACGGGUCGUCUGGUGUACUGCAUCUACAACACACACAACAAGGGCACCUCCGCGCUCGAUAUGACGCACGACGGACGCACGCUCAUCUCCGGCGGCUGCGAGGGACAGGUCCGCGUGUGGGACAUCCGGCCGGAGUGCCAGAGCCUGAAGAAAGUGUUGAAAGAGCACAAGAGCCCUGUGUCGGCCAUCCAAGUGUCACCCAACGACACCGAGGCCGUCAGCGCGGGGACUGACGGCUCCGCCAUCAUCUGGGAUCUGAUCUCGCUGUCCCGCCGGCAAGUGAUGUACGCGAAUACUCUGUUUAUGUGCAUCUGCUUCGAGCCACAAGGCUCGCAAUUGCUGACGGGCGGCACCGACCGCCGCGUGGCCUACUGGGAGACCGGCAGCGGGAACCUCGCCAGGGAGCUGGAAGCAAGUAAAGCGGGGGCCAUCAACGGACUUCACAUCACGACAAACGGUGAACUAUUCGUCACUGGUGGAAACGAUCAGACUGUCAAGCUAUGGAAGUACCAAGAAGGCAUCUACACUCACGUGGGAUUAGGACACGCGGGCGCGGUGACGUGCUGCCGCUUCAGCCCCGACGCGCGCUUCGUGGUCAGCGCGUGCGCCGCCGGGAGCAUCAUCGUGUGGCGCGUGCCCGAGAUAUACCUGAGCAAGCCGCAGGCGCCGCCUAGCGCAGGCCUCAAGAGCCUGCCGCAGAGCCCAAAGGCCCUGCAGGACGAGCUCAAGCUGCCCCUGUCUGAGAAGCCGGCACAGAAGGCCGCCGGCGACCGCCCUGUCAAGAUGCCCGCUGCACCCUCGAAGGUGGAGAAGAUAGAAGCGAUGGACACGACACGCAGCAGCGUACACUCGUGCUGUCCCUGCGACACGACUAAGAAGCCGUCUUCCAAGGGCAGCACGCCCAAGACAGGGACCAAAUGUUGCCGCCCGCCCGGGGACAAUCUUCCCACGAGGACUACAAGCAAAGAGUACGUGAGCAGCGGUGGAGGGGAUAAAAAAUAGAAAGAGACGACUGUUGAAACGAUGUGUUCCAAUCCCGCACCAAAUUGUAUUAUUAUUAUAUUAAUUUAUUAAUAAAUUUGUAUUUUUACAAAAUUUUGAUUUAUUUAUUGGCUGUAAUGGUGACGUAAAAACGUUACAUUAUCUUACAAAUUAUAUUUUAUUUACAAUAAUAUCACAUUCAUAAAAUGCUUUUCAUAUUUUUCCUUCUUAUAGCAUACACACAU